GUGGUAAAGUUCCAUUCGCACCAAGAGGCAUGGGCAUCUCUGGCAGCAAGCAGGCGCGCUCGACGACGUCGCCGUCCCUGCCCACAACAUCCCCUCUGCCCGACGCGGCAUUGACCCACAACCUCCAUCCAAACAACCAGGCCCACCAUCUUAGCUUGAGCAACGGCAUGUCUGCUGCCGCACAACGCAACGCGCAGCACCAUCACCAGCAGCAACAGCAGCGCGCCAUGACGACGGACCAUGACCCGGACUGUGACACGGGCGAGAUGAUUCAACUGUUCAUGUACAACCGGUGCCCGCGGGCAAUCGUACACCAUUACAUUCCAGCAAAUCUCCCGAUGAUGCCGAUUUUCACAGAAGCGUACUUGAGCGACUGCAACAACACGUGGAAGUACAUCUUAAGCUCGUCCACGGACCGCAUGAAGGAGUUCAAGAAGUCGGGCAUUGUGCUGUUUUACGACGAGUUCUUCUUUCGGUUGUUCCAGCGCGACUCGACGUUCAAGGAGGUGUUUCCAGACAUCCGUCGCCGGGGUGAAAUCCUCAUCAAGGCGUUCACACUCAUGCUCAAGAGUUCGUCCGACGACAACGCGCGCCUCGUCAACAAAAUUCGGUACCUUGGCCACCGCCAUCGCUUCUUUCCCAAGAUCCGAGCGUUCCAGUUUGCCACGUACACUAGCACGAUGAUCGAAGUGCUCAUGUACUGGCUUGGCGAACUGGCGACGCCGGACGUCGCCGAAGCGUGGAGCAACGUCGUCUGUUUCUUCAUGAAGCACAUGCUCGAAUCCUUCCUCACAGAUCGCGUGGACCCGUUCGAGAGCUAUCAGAACACCGUCGUCGAGCACGCUCGUGCGCUGAGUGAGUUGGACGAGGAGGACAAGAAGGGCGGGCCACAUGGCAACGGGAGCAAUGGGUCUCGCGGCAGCCGCGCUUCGAGGGCAUCUGUCCAGAGAUAAAUUAACUGUAUACUACGACAUGCCACGAUUGAAGCGCUUGCUGUGGCGCCACAAGCGCCGCGACCGGCUGCCGUGGCCUCGCCAUGUUCGCCGAGGAAUCGUCGAACUCAUCCGUGGUGGUAUGUUUAUUUUAUUAGAUGUACUUCUCUAUGACAUUUUAUAAAAAUGUCGAACGUG